GCUUCAAUCUUGAUAGUUUAUUCUGUGUGAGCUAUUAAUUUUGAUUAUGUUUUACAGCGUGCCAAAUAACUCCACUCAGGCAGCACUACUGCUGCGGGAUGCGGCCAGGGUUUUGCUUGGACCCAAUCAGGCUCCUUCAACAUCCACGCAAAACCAAAGUGAAAGAGUUCAGUCUACUCUUUCUUCUCUUUUUAGGCCAUAUGGCUCAAGACCCAGUGAAAGAGUAAGGGCCAGACCCUUUACAUCUCCCUGGUCCCAUGAUUUUUUCUGUGUGUCUGAGCCCAACACUUCAUCUGUUCCAAGGCCGGAGGAAACAGUGGCUCUACAUUCUGCUGGGCUCGGAAAGAGGAAUGUAAAAUUUCGAGAUAGCAAAUGCUCUUUCAAAGAGUUUUGUUCGUCUUUAUAUGAAUACUUCCCUGCACUAAAAGAAAGUGGAGGGUUUAAAAUAAUGAGAGCCAGCAGAAAUAAAGACUUAAUUGAUAUACCAGUGCCAUCAGGUGGCUACACCAUAGACUACUUUCGCCAUGAGAGUGGUCUAAAUAGGGCGAUGGCAUACAUUGUACCUCUGCAGCAUCGAUUAACACCAUGCGAUCUUCAGGUUAAUAAUGAGAUAUUGGCAAUGGAGACCUGCCACAGAUGCUCCCUCAAAGUGCCACUUUGUGAGCUUCAAAAGCAUCUCAGGACAUGUCAACAAAAUGCUGACCAUGCAGAUGAUUCUUUCGGAGCAUCAACAUCUUCUGGUCCCUCAACAUCUACCCAAGUGGAUCGAUUUCAGGUGGACAGACAAGUGUCCCUUAGAGUGGGUCUAAUGUUGGAUCCAAACAUGUCUGUGUUCAACAGUCGUAUGGCUCUUCCUUUGAGAAAAUUGAGAACAUCGCUUAAUCUUCCUGCGAAACAAUUUGAAGACCUUCUAAGAGAGACAUUUCCCCUGUUAAAAAAUAAAGAGUUUCAAUUCUGCAAGGUUGAUUGCCACAGGAAAGUCCACGUUUUGCCCUCUAUAUUAAAGACACCUCAAGAUUUUAAGGUGUACUCUGACAUGGGAAGAUCUGGUGUUUAUAUUAGACCAAAGGAGGACCUUAAGGACAGUGAAUCAGAUGUUGUAAUGUCACAGGUUGACCCAGAGGACAUUGUUGAACCAGAGAGUGUUGUUAUUCAGGUUGACCCAGAGGACAUUGUUGAACCAGAGAGUGUUGUUAUACAGGUUGACCCAGAGGACAUUGUUGAACCAGAGAGUGUUGUUAUACAGGUUGACCCAGAGGACAUUGUUGAACCAGAGAGUGUUGUUAUACAGGUUGACCUAGAGAACAUUGCUGAACCAGAGAGUGUUGUUAUACAGGUUGACCUAGAGAACAUUGCUGAACCAGAGAGUGUUGUUAUACAGGUUGACCUAGAGAACAUUGCUGAACCAGAGAGUGUUGUUAUACAGGACAACUCGGAGAGUCAACUAGAUUCAGAAGGCAGCGUCAUACAACAGGUAUUUUAG